AUGGGACUGCAACUGGCUGUCAUCACCAUAAGUCUGAUGUUGGCGGUUUUCUGCGUGGCCUUGGACAACACGAUCAUGGCAGUGGCUAUUCCCAAAAUCACCGAUCAAUUCCAUGCUCUAGACGAUGUCGGCUGGUACGGCUCAUCAUAUCUCUUGACCACUUGCUCAUUCCAGCUUCUGUACGGGAAGCUCUACACUCUCUUCAGCAUUAAAUGGGUCUUUCUCUCUGCGCUCUUUGUCUUCGAACUGGGCUCUCUCAUCUGUGGUGUCGCGCCGGACUCUGUCACUUUGAUUGUCGGUCGCGCGAUCGCAGGACUGGGGAGCGCAGGCAUCUUCACCGGUGCGAUGGUGACUUUGGCCCACACGGUCGCCCCGGCGAAAAGGCCGAUGUUCUUCAGCAUGCUCGGAGGGAUGUAUGGGAUUGCAUCUGUCGCUGGGCCUUUGAUGGGCGGCGCCUUCACUGACCACGCCACCUGGCGAUGGUGUUUCUACAUCAACCUUCCCCUCGGCGGAGUCACGGCCAUCGGACUUCUGACACUGCUGCGACUACCCGCAAAACCACAAACCCAGAGAAAAUCACUUGUUGCGACACUCGAGGGCCUCGAUCCGCUGGGGACCGUCAUCUUCGUCCCCGCCAUCGUCUGCCUGCUCCUCGCCCUGCAGUGGGGAGGGGUCACAUACCCCUGGUCUAGCGGACGCGUGAUUGCCUUGUUCGUGAUCUUCGGACUGGCGCUUUUGGCAUUUGUCGGUCUCCAAUUAUUCCUCGGAGAAGACGCCACCGUUCCCAUUGACAUCGCCCGCCAACGCACCAUCGCCUCUGCGUCGCUGUUUGGUCUCUGCAUCGGGGGAUCAUUCUUCACCUUGAUCUACUACAUCCCCAUCUGGUUCCAAGCGAUCCGCAACGUCAGCGCCGUCCGCUCCGGAAUCAACUCCCUCCCCAUGAUCCUCUCCAAUGUCGUCGGCAUCAUCGUCUCCGGCGCCCUGACCACCGCCUUCGGCUACAACGCGCCGUUCUUCCUCCUCAGCAGCGCCAUCAUGUCCCUGGGCGCGGGGCUAAUCACCACCUUCACGGUCGACAUCUCGCAAGCCAAAUGGGUCGGGUUCCUGUUUCUGUACGGCCUAGGUGUGGGCUUCGGCUUCCAGCAGGGCGGGGUCUCGGCGCAGGCGGUCCUCCCGCUCUCCCAGGUCUCGGUCGGCACGGCCAUCGUCAUGUUCCUGCAGAUGCUGGGCGGGUCGCUGUUCGUCUCGGUGGCGGAGAAUAUCUUCUCCAAGCAUUUGAUCUCCAAUAUCGCCGCGCUGGAUAUUCCCGGAUUGAGCCCUGAGGCGGUGGUCGCGGCUGGCGCGACGGGGUUCCGGGCGUUGGUCGGUGCGGAGGAUCUGCCAGCGGUGUUGGUCGCGUAUAAUGAUGCGUUGGUGAAGGUGUUUCAGUUGGCGCUGAUUUUGGGCUGCUUGAGUCUGUUGGGGGCGGUCGGGGUGGAGUGGCGGAGUAUGAAGGGGAAGAAGAUCGACAUGGCGGCUGCUUGA